AUGGCUUGUCAACCUAAAGGCCAAAGCCGGGUCGAUCCCGAUGGUGACAUCGAGAUCAAGGAAGAGAGUCCAGCUCCCGAGUCCGCAUCCCUGGGCGACAUUUUCGCUUCCGAAAAGUCCUGCGAAAAGAUAUUCUUUUUUAAGAGAUUUUUCAACGGUCAUCCCCGAUUCGACGUCCUUCUCCAAAUAGGAACAGGUAGUCUCCAUCCAGGCACGAAUAAGGCCGAAUUCGCUGUCUGGGAGGCAUGCGAUGACAUGUACAUCUACCGGAAAGGCGGUGCGGAAAUUAAGUUGUUGCAGUCCAUCGGGAACGUGGAGUACGUGGACCCUACAUCUUCAACAUCUAAAGUCAAACAUACCUUCGCCAAGAAGACGUGUGGGUUUGUUGGUACACGUGACUCUGACAGUCAGUUGCGGGUGCUCAAGCUUGCCGUCAGUGGCACUUCGUUUAAACCACGUCGGGAGGAGGACAAGAAUGACUUCAUCUUCCACGCUAAGUGGGCUACAAGAGUUAAACAAUUCGCCAAGCGCAUGAAGAUAAAUUUGCGUACGAUAUACGAUGGGCAUAACCAGAAAGCAACCCCAGAUAAUAUCGGAAACUGGCGAGCCGGACACAUCGAGAAGAAGCUGGCUACACACAUUGUGUGGACUUUCUUGUCCAAGUUUCGACUAGUUAGCAAGACGCGUAAGGUCUUCCUGGAAGACUUCCGUCGACUUCGUCAGUGCCUGCGACAGAAGGGUCUCAAGCCCCAUUUCGAAUUGCAUCUGAGCCGUGCGCCUUGUGGGACACCCCACAAGGCGGGACGGUGUGUUCCUUUUGUUCAAAAACUUGCUCAGCUUACAGGAAUCAACUUUACGAUACAUUCCUGGGAGGAGAACAUGAUCCUCGAUGGAUCAGUCCCAUCCAGACUGCCCCCCCGAGAAGUCAAAAAAUUCGGACCUCAAGACGGAGCAGAAAGUUUUGGCGCCAACGAUAGCGAGGAUGAGGAUCUAGAGGCGUUUCUCGAUGAGGCUGAAGCCCAGACGAACAUCGUCUUUGACGGUUUUGAGGAACCACUCAAAAUCUCGGGCAGGGCUGCCCAAAACUUUGCCAAUUCCAUUCGCAGGUUCAAGCGUCAAGAGCGUGAAGCUGACAGCAUCUUGAAACCCAUGCCUCCCACCCCAGUCCUUGAGGACCCUUUCUGGCAGUCCAACCCAUGGGAGCGUGCGCCAGCGUCUUCCCGAAGUCACUUCUGGGAGGACACAACCCCAGUCAGCUCUCGGCGGCGACAAUCUAUAACUUCUGAGGCUAGGCGGGGUCGGCGGGCUCGUAAGCUCGAGGCGAGACGGCGGCGUUCGGCUGCAUCGGCCAGUGAGGUUACGCAGCAUCCUGCAGGUAGGUCAAGUACUUUGAAUUUAUAUGCUCGGGUGGCGACUGACGACGUGCUGGUAGAAGAAACGUCUGUGCUCGCGGGUCGCUUGGGCGGUCUACUCAACUCCAGCCAGCUACUGAGAUAA